AUUGUUUGAUGUUUAAGCAAAAUGUAUGCCAUAGCUUAUUAAGUUAUGCCUGAAAAUGAUUUUUUAAAUAUUAUUAACAUAUUUUUUUAUACCUCAACAUAAAGAGUAAAGGGGAAAAAAUAUUCUUCAAAACGUAAUUUAUGCCUUAGGAAAUAACGCAAGAGCUCCAGGAUAAAAAAAAGGUGCAGAAAGCUAGUGCGCACAGCGUAGGCGAGUUCCUAUAUAAACCUCAACGGACAUUUUUAAACACAUAGUUCGCUAACAUUUUUUUAAAGAACCUACAACUCCUCACUAUAGUUACAACUUACUCGGUGAGUUUUAGUUUCAGUGAUUUUUUACGAAGGAAAACCCAAAAACCAACUCAACCAAAAUGCAACAGUCUCUAGUAUGCAUAUUCUUCGGAGUGAGCACCUUAGUGAUCUUAAACUCGUUGGCAUCAGCGUCAGUUAUCAGCUGUCCACCAAACGCGAUUCAGCAAGAGCUGAAUCCAAACGUUAACAAACUUUGCUACUUUGUAGAGCAGAUUAUGCAAGACCCUUCGGCACAGAUGCAGAUCCCUCAGGGGUCACAAGGGGACGCAUAUGUAGAAAGACUAGUGGGAGAGAGAAAUACAAACAUGAACUCCAAAAGGCAGGACGUGGACCACGUGUUCCUACGAUUUGGUAGAAGACUUGGACUAUAAAACGUUUACCCCAACCCCAACGCUUCCACCUUCUGCAAUACCGAUGGUUUCCAUGUGCCAAAAAUUAAGUCUCUUUGAAAAAUCCAGUACGUGUAGCUUCUCACAUGUGUAAAAUUCUAUAUGUACACAAUUGUAACAAAAACCCGUAGGUAAUAUAUGUAUGUUUUCUU